GCUUGUUUAGGAGUUGAGAAGCCAGUUGAACGUGUUUUUUCUUCUCUCCCUCCCUCUCUCCCUUUCUCUCUUUCGCCCGCGUCCUCUGAGCGCAGAGACGGACAUGGAAAACAAAAACUAAGAAAGAAAGAAAUAAAGAGAGAGAGAGAGGGAGGGAGAGAAAGAAAGAAUAGAAAGAAUGGGAAUCUUCUUGUUUGUGUCAUGUUGAUUUUGUCGGUCCGCGGGGGGGCGGCGGGGGGUGAUCUUUGAGGCCGGUAUCGAUGGCAAAACCUCAAGCAGAUUUGCAUGUGAAAUCCUGGAGUGUUUCGUAAUUCUGAAGCGCGUGUGGAGGCAGGCAGUGAAGUGUGUCAAAAAAAAAAAAAAACAGCCGUGCGGAAAAGUUCGGUUAGAGCUCUCGAUCCAGCUGCUCUGCCUUCCCUCCCCACCACCACCGCCUUCCACCCGUUUUUUUGUUUAGUUUUUCAUCUUAAGACUGUGGGAAUUUAUUUUCCGGAUCAAAGUUAAUGUCACCCGGCGUGGCUCGGAGUCGAGGAGGAAACCGGUGAGUAAAGUCGGAAUGAGAGACAGAAGCCCCGUGGAGGACAGCUCUUCGGAGUCUGAGGCGGAAAACAAAGGGACAGGCGAGGAAAACGAGGCGAUCGCGUCGUCUGAUGAAUUUUCACCCACUUCAGAGGUGCACGUUAUCAUUAUUAUUAUUAUUAUUACCCCGCGCCCCCCUCCAUUCCCUGCUUGGUUUUUUCUUCUUCUGUCUAUUCCGCGGUCCAGAUCUUAUUCCUAAGUCUUUCUUUCUUUCACUUUUGCGCUUUGGCCCUGGGACGCUUUUAAAAUGCCCCCCUCCUUUCACCCCCUCUCCCUGAUUCGCCAGUCGCCAGUGAAUGUCCCUCUUUUUUUUGUCUCCCUUUCCACUCCCCUCCACUCUCUCUCUUUCUCUUUCUCGCUCUGCUUCUCUCUCACUCCCUCUUUCUCUCUCGCUCCCCCAUCUCUGAUUAGAUAUACUGAUUCCUCCUUUCAAUGGACGUCAUUUACGCACAGACUCCUGCCCUGAGUUGCGUCCUCCACUUCACGCCAGAUUUCCGACUAUUCUUCCCUUAUUAUUAAGUGUUCCUGUAAUAUUAACAGUCAUGAAUGCGCUCCACUAGGAGUCCAGGAGGGAGGACGAAGAAGCGACACUCUUUUUUUUUUUCUUCUUCUUCUUCUUCUUGCUAAUAUGAGCUCGCGCGAGGGGGACGGUGUAGCACUGUGAUAGAAGCCGGAGUAACUCGCAGACCCCCGAUCCACCAGCACCGCCGAAUAAUAUCUGCAAUUCUUCUUCUUCUUUUUUAUUUAUUUAUUUUUUUUAUUUUUAAAGACCCAAAUGACGAGCGGCUCGGAUCUUACCACACCUUUCUGAUGGAUUAUCGUCCUGCUUUUGAGGCGCAUAUCUGAUCCUGCGGGGAGAGAAGAGUCUUUUCUGGGGGGCCUAUAUAUAUAUAUUUUUUUUCCACCCUUGUGUCGCCCCCCCUCCCCGCACCCUCUCUCCUUCUCCUCUUCAAACACUACGAGUGUUUCGUGUUUUUUUUUGUUUUUGUUUUUUUUUUCUUAAAGAAACAUAUAUUUUUUUCUUUUGCCAAAUCGCACCAAAAAAUCCGUACAGAUGUUGGUGCACAGUUUUUCCGCGAUGGACCGCCACGAUGGCACCAGCAACGGGACAGCCAGGUUACCUCAGCUGGGCGGCGUGGGUCAGAGUCCCUACACGAGCGCCCCGCCGCUCUCUCACACGCCGAACUCGGACUUCCAGCCCCCGUACUUCCCCCCACCCUACCAGCCCAUCUACCCGCAGUCUCAGGACCCGUACUCGCACGUCAACGACCCGUACUCCCUGAACUCGCUGCACGCCCAGCCGCAGUCGCAACACCCGGGCUGGCCGGGCCAGAGGCAGGGCCAGGAGAGCGGCCUGCUGCACCAGCACCGCAGCCUGCCCCACCAGCUGUGCCGGGAGUACCGCAGGGAGGUGCUCCUGCCGUCCGGCCACGGCAUCGACACGGGACUGUCGGACUCUAUCCCCAUCCAUGGAAUACCUCACCCUUUAGAUGAUGUUCAGCCUGUUGAGGAUCAAGGAAUACACAUUCCCGACCAGACUGUAAUUAAAAAAGGUCCCGUGUCUUUAUCCAAGAACAACAGCGUCUCCGCCAUCCCCGUAAAUAAGGACGGUCUUUUCGGAGGAGUGGUCAACCCGAACGAGGUGUUCUGCUCGGUUCCGGGUCGCCUGUCCCUCCUCAGCUCCACUUCAAAGUACAAGGUCACGGUGGCUGAGGUGCAGAGACGCCUCUCGCCACCCGAAUGCCUCAACGCCUCUCUGCUGGGCGGGGUGCUGAGAAGGGCCAAGUCUAAGAACGGAGGUAGAUCCUUAAGGGAGAAGUUGGAUAAAAUCGGUUUGAAUCUACCUGCGGGCAGACGUAAAGCAGCCAACGUCACCUUGCUGACGUCACUAGUCGAAGGCGAAGCGGUGCAUCUUGCCAGGGACUUUGGUUAUGUAUGCGAGACUGAGUUUCCAGCCAAGGCAGUAGCUGAAUAUGUAAACCGUCAGCAUUCCGACCCAAACGAACAAGUCCAAAGAAAAAACAUGCUGUUGGCCACGAAGCAAGUUUGCAAAGAGUUCACAGACCUGCUGUCCCAGGACCGCUCGCCCCUGGGAAACUCCCGGCCGCAGCCCAUCCUCGAACCGGGAAUUCAAAGCUGUUUGACCCACUUUAGUCUCAUUUCGCACGGUUUCGGGACCCCGGCGCUCUGCGCGGCUGUCACGGCCCUCCAGAACUAUCUGACCGAGGCUAUUAAAGCCAUGGACAAAAUGUACCUCAACAACAACCCCAACAGUCACUCAGAUAACGGCACUAAAGGCGGGGACAAAGAUGAGAAGCACAGAAAGUGAUGUUUCCUCUUCACCUCACCUUUCUGCCCGAGGGGGCCAAAAUGCCAGGGGCCCUUCUUCUGCACCGACCUAUACGGUCUCCCCUCGCCCCGCCCCCUAACCAUCCAAUAUAAAUAUUAUAAAUACCUUAUAAAUAUUAUUGAUAAAGUUAAACGUGCCACUUCCUGAUCUGAUCUUGCGCCGAUUUUACGUGUCUUGUUUUUACAUCCCACUUUGGAUUCAAACGGGAAGCGACGCAAAGAAUCUUCUUCUUCUUCUUCAUCUUCUCCUCCUUCUUCUUCUUCCAACACCUGGACGAUAUGAAACGUUAUUUAAAAAAGAAAAAAGAAAAAAAAAAAGAAGAAAAAAAAAGUACGAUGAGAGGAAAAGAAGCUGCAGAGGAACAGCUCCAGGGCGAGGGGAAAGGUGGACUGCCUCAGCCAGAAGACUUUUUAUGUACCACCACCCCUCCUGGUUUCUUUUUUUUAUUUUUAUUUUUUUAUGAGCUGCAACGAAUGGACUGAAAUCCAGCGACCCCUUCUCUAUAUCUCACUUUUACGAUUGUGGCGAGAGAAAAAAAAAAACAACAAAAAAUAACAAAAAAUAAAAACGAAGCUAAAAGAGGAUGAAUUCUUAUCAGUAUUGUGAAUAAUAAACUUGAAAAAGCAAAGAGAAAAUCCACAGCUCUCCAUGUCAUGACUUCAGUUGUAGACUCCCCUCUCUUUCUCUCUUUUUCCGAGCGACCAACUUGAACUAUUUUUUUUUUUCGUUUGUUUUUGUUCGAAUUUCAACACGAUUCGCGGUUAUAUAAGGGAAUCAGUGUUUAUGUAUGUAUAUAUUUAUUUAUGUGUAAUUUAAUGGGAAUUGUAAAUAUGGUGCGUCUGUUGCAACUUCUUUUUUUUAUUUAUCUGGUGCCUCCUGUUUUAGUGGGUUUUGAAUAUUCGGUUAGUUCUUCAUGUGAUUUUAUGGUUCUAGAAAAACAGAAGUUUUGGGGUAAUUUUUUUAAUUAUUAUUAUUAAUUAUUAUUAUUAUUAUUAUUUUAUUUCUCUGGGAUAUUUCAAUUCAGCCCUCUUGUAGCAUGUUGAGGUGACACUGAAGCAAGUGAACAAAUUUUAAUAGAAAUAAACUUCCAAUUUCUCUCAAUAUAUAUCAACCUAUUCAGUUUUUCUUCUUUUUUUUUUCAUUUGACCCCGAGGAAAGAAGAAAAAAAAUCUUUAUUUUGUGUGUCUAAUUUGCGUUUUUAUACAAGCUUCUAUGUGUUGUGCCAAUCAGAAUACGUUUCACCUCUUGUUCUCUUCUUGAAGCACCAUAAAAGCAAUAAAUUGAAUAUUGUCUUUUUUCCUCCUCCUCCCCUCCGCCCCACCCCAGUGUUCGAAAAGACAUUCAGAAAAUUUUUUUGCUUUUAUUAUUUCUUGGGACCACCUGCUAUCUUGUUAUAUGUCCGAUUAUGUCCAAAAUUGGAGGCGGUUUUAGCUGUAUUGUAUAGACAUGUGCUGGCAAUAGUUCCUAUGCCUGUCAAUGUAUUAUAGUCCUUUGUUGCCCAGAAAAAAAAUAAAUAUUUGAUACGCUUCA